AUGGCCGACCUCCUCUACGAACUGCUCUCACAACAAUCGGGGGCGCCAUCGGCAAAGGCCACAGCCGCAGCCGCAGAUCCAAGCGCGUUAGAGUAUCUCACAACGCUUGCCUCCCGACCCCUGGCCGCUCUCCAAGAAACUGAACCGCAAGCGCUCGCACAUGCAUCACACGGACUCCUGCUCUCGCUGCAGUCGCUCUCAAAGAGAUCCCAUAAACAAGUCAUUGAAUCGGCCGCCCAUCAUGCCACGCUCCGCACCACGUUGCCCGGGCUGGCGGCUAGCACCGCCGAGCUACGAAAUGCCAUACCCCGGCUCGACAGCGAGGCAGUGCGCUUCUCAACAACAUACAACAAGAGUGGCGACAACGAGGUACUUGCCCGCCGGAAGAAAGCCCUCCUUCUCUCGCGCAAUGUCGAGCGGCUCGUCGACGUCUUAGAGCUGCCGACGUUGCUGUCGACAUCCAUUUCGACGGCACCCGUCAACUACUCGUCCGCUCUUGACCUCAACGGCCACAUCCGCCGCCUGCACUCCCUCUAUCCGGCCUCUCCCCUCGUGACGGCCAUAUCCGCACAAGCCGAUGAUGCCAUGCACUCCAUGGCCGCAAACCUGAUCAUCUCACUGAAGUCCCCGGGACUCAAGCUGGCCGCGUCGCUACGGACCAUCAGCUGGCUACGGCGCGUGCUUCCCGAUCUGGAGUCGGCGGGAGCGCCGGGCAAGGGCCACGACUCGCAAGAGCGGGUGCUGGGCGCGCUCUUCCUUGUCUGUCGGCUGGCAACGCUCAUGUCGAUGCUCGACGCGCUAGAGCCGCUCCGCGAUCUAGCAGACCAGGAAAAGACGCGCCAGAAAACGAUUGGUGCUGGCAACGCCUGGUCAGGCGGCCAGCAGACGGAACGCUACCUCAAGCGCUACAUUGAGAUAUUCCGCGAGCAAAGCUUCGCCAUUGUGUCGAUGUUUAGAAGCAUAUUUCCUACAACAGCAACGACAGCCACGGACGGCCCAGCAAAAACACCACACAGCCAAGACGCGCUCGAGCCGAUGCCGUCGGCGCUGGCCACGUUUCCACUGUACCUAGUGGAGAUGCUACUAGAGGCGCUACGGCUGUAUCUUCCGACGGUAAAAGAUCAAGCUUCCAGAGAUAGCCUGCUUACCCAGGUCUUGUACUGCGCGGGGAGUUUGGGCCGGCUGGGAGGCGACUUUGGUUUGUUCCUGGCAGCACUUGAUGUCGGCGCCGAGGCUGAGGAUGAAUGGGUUGGAGUCAUCAAGCGCCAUCGGGCUCUAGCUGGACGGCUCGAGUCCAUUGUCGGGGACCAAAAGAAAGGAGUAACAGCCUAG